GGGUCACUACGGGAGUCACCGCUGUAAACAAUAAUUGGCUUUUGAUGGCGGAACAAGCUGCUAAUGCAACUGGUGAAGAUUGUGUGGUUUGUCUCGAAGCAAGAGUAGUGUUAAAAAUUGUUCCAGCUGCAAUAGAAUCAGCAUGUGUUUUACAGGUGUUGACCCAGUCCAGGACCAGUGGCGAUUGUUUGAUUUAUAAUGAUAUUUUCCCAGUCGUGGGCUUGGAGAAAAGAAAGCCCAUUUUUGAUAGCCAUGUGACUCAACAAAAUAUGACAUGUUUAAAGUUAAAGGGAAACGGCAUAAGUAUUGGGACAAUAGAUCACACAUGGUGCAGGAUAAAUUUGUUUUUGAAUGUCCCCUCUCCUCUCUCUCGUGCAGACCUCUGGUUGUGGUGUGGUGACAACAAAUUAUAUGAUCGCUUGCCGAAGAAUGCAUCAGGUAUCUGUGCCCUUGUGUCUUUGAUAAUGCCUGUGGUGGUUGUCCCCAUUGAAAUACAGAAUCUCAAUUGGAACAUGGAGUUCCCAUUGGCGGGGCUCCUAAGGCGAGCCAAAAGAGACGUUUUGCCCCCAUGGUUGAGCGACAACGAUCCGACAUAUAUUGACGCUAUAGGAGUGCCCCGGGGUGUGCCAGAUGAGUAUAAACUCGUUAAUCAAGUGUCCUCGGGAUUCGAAAGCAUUUUCUUAUGGAUCACCCCCAAUAAAAAUGUAUCAUUUGCAGCGGUCCAUGAACAAUUGGCCGCGACGUCAUUGAUGUCGUUCCAAAAUAGAAUUGCGUUGGACAUGCUAUUGGCUAAGGAACAUGGUGUGUGCGGAAUGUUCGGGGAUGCAUGUUGUACUUUCAUCCCCAACAACACGGCACCAGGGGGCCGACUGACCCGGGCGUUGGAAGGACUAAGGAUACUGAAUAAAAAGAUGAAAGAUCAUUCAGGUGUACGCACCGAUAUUUGGUCUGAUUGGAUGAAAACGUUCGGAAACUGGAAAGGCCUCAUCAUGUCUGUGCUGGUUGCUGUGGCUAUUUUUACUACAAUAAAGAUUUUAUGCGGUUGUUGCUGUAUUCCAUGUAUUAGAUCACUCACUGUUCGGUUGAUCGAGAAAACCGUUGGCCCGUUGUCACUGAAGGGCCAAUAUACCCUGGUGACUCAACAGGAGCCGCGGGGGGAAGAAAGGACCGACAGUGUGCUGGUCGCUGAUUACUAGAGUAACUGGUGAUGACCUCAUAAAUGAGGUCAUGAGAGGGAAUAAAGGGAAAUGUGCUUUCGGCAGUUUGCAAACAUAUUUUGUUAAGACAGCGCUAGACUUAUAAUCAU